AGAGCCGGAGAGGAGGCGAGCGGGCGGGUACCGCGGCGAACUCGAGCCGGCGCACGGGGACCGCGGCUGUCACUGCGCUCCGAGCAGCCUCGGGGCUGCCCGAGUGGACGAGUCUAGCCCUGCGGGAGCUGCGGGUGCAGCCCCAGCCCCUCGCCCCUCUCGCAGCGCUCGGGGAGCCUCACGCUCCGGGCGAGCGUCCGUGAUUUAGCACAAAGCACGUUUCCAAAAAGCCGCGCUCUCGCGCACGCACCCUCUCCCUGCUUUGUUUCGGGGGUCGCCGGGCCGCUUUCCUCCCCAAGUCUGAAUUCUGCAGAAGGGGCGGAGGGCCGCCGAGUCUCGGCUGGGAAGAUGCCCUUGGAGCUGACUCAGAGCCGGGUGCAGAAGAUCUGGAUCCCGGUCGACCACCGCCCCUCGCUACCCAGAUCCUGUGGGCCGAAGCUCACCAACUCCCCCACGGUGAUCGUCAUGGUGGGCCUGCCUGCCCGGGGGAAGACCUACAUCUCCAAGAAGCUGACCCGCUACCUCAACUGGAUUGGUGUCCCCACGAAAGUGUUCAAUGUGGGCGAGUACCGCCGGGAGGCCGUGAAGCAGUACAGCUCCUACAACUUCUUCCGCCCCGACAACGAGGAGGCCAUGAAAGUCCGCAAGCAGUGUGCGCUGGCUGCCUUGAGAGACGUCAAAAGUUACCUGAUGAAGGAAGGGGGCCAGAUUGCAGUUUUCGACGCCACCAAUACUACUAGAGAGAGGAGACACAUGAUCGUUCAUUUUGCCAAAGAAAAUGAUUUCAAGGUGUUUUUCAUUGAGUCUGUGUGCGAUGACCCUACAGUUGUGGCCUCCAACAUCAUGGAAGUGAAAAUCUCCAGCCCAGAUUACAAAGACUGCAACUCAGCAGAAGCCAUGGACGAUUUCAUGAAGAGAAUUAAUUGCUAUGAAGCCAGCUACCAGCCUCUCGACCCCGAUAAAUGUGACAGGGAGCUGUCCCUGAUCAAGGUGAUCGACGUGGGCCGGCGGUUCCUGGUGAACAGGGUCCAGGACCACAUCCAGAGCCGCAUCGUGUACUACCUGAUGAACAUCCACGUGCAGCCCCGCACCAUCUACCUGUGUCGGCACGGCGAGAGCGAGCACAACCUCCAGGGCAAGAUCGGAGGGGACUCGGGCCUGUCCAGCAGGGGCAGGAAGUUCGCCAACGCCCUAAGCAAGUUCGUGGAGGAGCAGAACCUGAAGGACCUCAAGGUGUGGACCAGCCAGCUGAAGAGCACCAUCCAGACGGCGGAGGCCCUGCAGCUGCCCUACGAGCAGUGGAAGGCGCUCAAUGAGAUCGAUGCUGGCGUCUGCGAGGAGAUGACCUACGAGGAAAUCAAGGACACCUACCCCGAGGAGUACGCCCUGCGCGAGCAGGACAAGUACUACUACCGCUACCCCACCGGGGAGUCCUACCAGGACCUGGUCCAGCGUCUGGAGCCCGUGAUCAUGGAGCUGGAGCGGCAGGAGAAUGUGCUGGUCAUCUGCCACCAGGCCGUCCUGCGCUGCCUCCUGGCCUACUUCCUGGACAAGAGCGCAGAGGAGAUGCCGUACCUGAAAUGCCCCCUCCAUGCCGUCUUGAAGCUGACGCCCGUCGCUUACGGCUGCCGAGUAGAAUCCGUCUACCUGAACGUGGAGUCCGUGAGCACGCAUCGGGAGAGGUCAGAGGAUGCAAAGAAGGGACCUAACCCGCUCAUGAGACGCAAUAGUGUCACCCCACUAGCCAGCCCCGAGCCCACCAAAAAGCCUCGCAUCAACAGCUUUGAGGAGCAUGUGGCCUCUACCUCCGCUGCCCUGCCCACCUGCCUGCCCCCGGAGGUGCCCACGCAGCUGCCCGGACAAAACAUGAAAGGCUCCCCGAACAGCGUGGAUGCCCCCAGGACGCACUGACGCAGCCGCUGGCGCCCUGCUCUUUCGCUCCUCCCGCAGCUUUGCUCCCGCCUUUCCAUCUGCCUGAGGCCAGCAACCCCGAGGCCACCUCCCUGGGGGCGCUGGAGGGGAGGCUGCUGCUCCUGGAGGCCUGGGCCCCGCCCGCCCCACGGACCCCGCGAGGCCCGGGAAGGACGAUGCACAGAGGAGGCGGGCCGGUGGCGCCCCCCGGGGGGCUUGUUCAUCUCGUCUCUGGACCUUCCCCACUGGGGAGAUGACACUGGCCCCCAAGCCCUAACCUUCAAGUGGGCCUGGCUCUCAGCUGCUGAAGGUUAAGGGACGGUGAAAACGUUCCGGAGGCUCUUGGUGCCUCUGGGCCUGGACGUUGCCUCCUGCAGGAAGCCUUCGGCCGGGGCCAUGUUGGGGUCAGCAGGAGAGCCGGUCUUGGAGAUGGAGACAGAGCCAGGAGCUGGACCACUGCCCUCCCAGGUGUGCGUCCUGCCUCUCAAGAUGACAUGGGGCCGUAUGGCUGCAGAGGUGGGAGGAAAUGUGUUGCUGAAAUAGCACAGCGGCCUCACCCCUGCGGAAAGCUCCCUCCUGGAUCCGAGGCACCUGGGACCCCACGCUCCUGGGGCAGCUGGCUUGUGCACUUUUUUAAGGCAGAGAGUGUGACCUGAAAGUCACACCUUCGGGAACUUAGAUGUUUGUGUUUUGUGCCCUUGGGGCUGGAGCUCUGAAAGGGUGUGGGAGUGGGAGCCUGUGGGGAGGGGAGGGGAGGACCCCCCCGCCCCGUAAAACGGCCGGGGAGUGAGCAUUCAGAUCGUCGCAAGACUGACCCCGGCGACCGACAGCACGGGCUCGAGGCUCUGGCCUCCUCCUUUGGGACCUUCAUCGCCUGCUGCGUUUCCUGGGUGGGGACAGGGCUCGAGCCGGGCCUUGCUGGCGGCCGCUUCCUCCCAGAGCCUGGCUGUCCGCAGUCUCCUGGCAGGACGGUUCCCUACGUUGCUUUGAGCAUCUGCGGUGUACCCAGCGCGGAGCUGGGUUCUUGGGGCAAUUCUGGGGAAGAGAAUGUCCUCAUUUGCCUUCGUGGCGCCUGUGGCAUCUGGGGGAGGUGAUUCAAAGCAGGGCUUGUGGACACGUGGUUCUAAACACCUGUAGUUUCCGCCUGCGGGUUUUCCCCUGUGGCCUCCGAGGACUCGGGGAGGGGGCGUGUUGAGGCCCAGGAGAGAGGAUUUGGACUCAGCAGUGGAGUUUGUCCAAAUGACCCUUUUCAGGAUUUCUAAAAGCCGGUGCCAAAGGUCACCUUCUCUUCCUGCCUUCUGCUCUGGGGCUCCACGUCCUUACCCCUCUGAGCUUGUGAAGUAGUCACUGGGGGUGGGGGUGGGGGCGUUUAGACAGCUGGAGCUGGGAGUGGGGAGAGGAGCUGUUUUUGUUUGCAUUUUUGUUUGAGAGGAGCUUUUAGAAAAAUGCACGUUUCUCUGGUUGGGAUGAGGUGGGAAAUGGGGACACGAUUCAGACACCCUACAACCAGGUUUGUGGGUCUCACAGCAGACCUUUAAAAUCCCCCUCCCCUUCAUGGGUCAUCUGCCCCAGACGAUGUCUGUCUGUCGGUCCACUCCCGUGUAAGACUUGGGUUACUUUCCUCUUUCCCGCUGUCUUGUCAGACAUUGUCUGUGUGUGUGGGUUCCUAUUUUCAGACGGAGGGCCUGCAGCUCUGCUCUUGAGAAUGGCUCUCUUAUGUCCACCUUCCUGCUCCUUCUCUGGUUGUUGGAGCUGACCCUGAAUUUGGACUCUUGCGGCUGAUCGAGUGGGGGCUGCAUGACGGUACGUCCCCCUCAAUUCUGACCGCCUGAAAUCAGCGCAUCUGCAAAGGAGGCUUAGCCUGACCCGGGACCUUGGUUUGCAGGGGCCUCGAUGGGGAGAGAGAACGUCGAUGCGGGCAGGGAGGGGAGACGGAGCGAGAGCAGAGGCUGGGAGACUCGAGGCCAGGGGCCUGACCUCUGAGGAUGGAGGCGGCGGACAAGGGUGUGUCUGAGCCGCUGACCAUUGACUUUCACUCCCCCACCCCCCCAAAAAACACCUGGGACCAAUAUUUUUAACUUUGCAUAUUUGUUUUGGGGGUGGGCUUACCCCUCUCCUUCUGUCCUGAGGCCGUGGGCCAAGCUCUUCACUGGGGGCUGGGGAGGGGGAAGAAAGACUGUUUGAACCACGCCAAUGACGUUUUUGUUUCUAAUACUUGAAAUUUAUUUUUUUAUUAUUUUGAUAGCAGAUGUGCUAUUUAUUUAUUUAAUAUGUAUAAGGGAUCCUGAAGAUGGAAAGCUGUAUAGAUUGGGUUUUGUUGGUUGGUUGGCUCGGGGGCCUUUUAUGUGACUUCUGACUUCUCUGUGUCCUGUAUACGUUUGUCUGAAUUAAUCACCUGGGAUGAAGUUGUGCCAGCUUACACAGGGGCAGCCUGUCGGAAAUUUGUAUAUUUUGCAGUUGCCAGAACAAUAAAAUACCUGGUUGAAAUACA